UUCUUAACUUAUUUCUAUCGACCGAAGUUCCAACAUAUAUACAUUUCUAUAACUCGGGAUUAAGCCAAGCUUCAAUGGCUAUCCCAGCUCUCAAUAUCAACCUUAUAAUCGGCCUCCUAUUGCUCAUUGCAGGUAGUGCACACUCGGACCUGAUCUUCAACUACGAGAACCGUUGCACUUACCCGGUAUGGCUUGCAGCCAGCCCGUCAAUUGGUGAUGCUGAUCCUGAGCGUGGUCCGGGAACUUUAGAGAUAUUCUUUAUGCCCGAUCAAUGGACUGGUAGCAUUUGGGCUAGAACCAAGUGCACCACCAACGCCUCAUAUUAUUUUUCAUGCGAAACUGGAGACUGUGGAUCUGGCAUAAUAAAUUGCCAAAACCCACCACCUACUUACCCCGUGACCUUACUCAAUUUCGAUAUUAAACAAUCGGUGGUCUCCUAUGAGGUGAGCUUGAACCACGGCCACAACUUGCCCGUCCGAAUCCAACCGGUUGGGGGGUCUCUAAUCGAUGGAACCGGGUCGUGUCCUAUUGUAGAUUGUGUUGAAGAUGUGAGUAAUGUGUGCCCGGGUAACCUAGUGGCCACCAACAAGGAUGGUUUGUAUGUUGGGUGUUACAGUGCGUGUGAUGAGUUAAAAGAUCCAAAAUAUUGUUGCACAGGAAACUUUACUGGUCCACAGGCUUGCCAGCCUAAUGAGUACUCGCAAAGGUUCAAGCAAUUAUGCAAACUAGCCCACACCUAUCCCGGUGAUAAUCAACCUCCGAUUUAUAAAUGCUCUUCUGCAACGGGUUACAAUAUUACCUUUUGUCCCUCGUAAAUUUACCAUGUCAGAAACACAGGAAUCAAUGUUGUUGUUGGAGAUUUUUGGCAAUUUCAAAAACAAAUAACAAAGUUAUCGAGGGAUCUUAAUGAAAAUGUUUAGAGUCUGUGACUCUUUAAUC